CUACAAGUUGAUAUUGUCAACAAUAAAUAUGUCUGCUGAUGAGGAGUUAGCGCGGAAAUUGCAAGCUCAGGUUAUUAUUUUUAAUGUUUAAAAAAAUAUAAAAAUUAAACAAAAUUUUUAUGAGUACUCGCACACUGCCGUACAGACUUAAGUUACAAUCUUUUUAAAAGAAAAUUAAACGCAAUUUUAUUAUAUUUUUUUUAGUAUUACUAUUUAAAAUUAUUAAUUAUUAUAAUUAUAUUAUAUAUUAUUAAUUUAUAUUAUGACUAUAGGCUAUAGGCAGGCUCAGUCAGUGAUAUUAGUAAACUUAACCUACUUUGCCAUGGUAAAAAUUAGAAAAAAAACACAAUUCGUCCAUUCCAAAAAAAAAAAAGCUCCUGACUCCUAAAAAUAAUUACAGUUACAGGUGUAUAGUAUAGAAUAGACUAAGGUAAAUUCAGAGAACGCGGCCCGCGUUUAUUUCCAUGCGUGCACUUUUACGUCUUAAAUCGAUCCCUAUGCCUAACCUGAACCCUAAAUCGAUCCCUAUGCCUAACCCGAACCCUAAAUCGAUCCUAUGCCUAACCUAACCCGAACCCUAAAUCUAUCCCUAAGCCUAACCUGAACCCUAAAUCAAUCCCUAUGCCUAACCUUAACAAAGUCAACGUGGGCCGCUAAAUCUGAAACAGCCUAGACUAAAAUAGACAGACUAUAGCCGAGAUCCGGGAAUUGCCGAAAACCAGGUAUCGUGAUUUUGUUAUCAAAAUGGCAACCUCCACUUUUUAAUUUACAGAGAGUUUUGUUGUUAACGAUUUUUUUUUAAUUAUAGCCCAGCAAGCACAUUCUAUUUCCACCCACAACUUUGAGUAAACAUGUUGUUUUAUGAUUAGAAUUUUGUUCUAAAAAAUAGUUAAGGUCUUAACUUUGAAAAUUGAAGGUAAAAUAAUGCUUAUUUUAGAUGUUUUUUUUUGGAAAGGGUGUCUUUCUUAAAUAAAAAGAUGAUGGUAGAUAAUUGCAUAAAUUACAACAUUAACAUAUAAAAAAUUCAAGAGGUUAGGACCCAGUUCAAUGGUAAAAAAAUGCCUACCAAAUUUUUGUCACGUGUGUCCCAAAAUGACCCAUUAUCGAUAACUAUUUUUAACUUGAUUUACAAUGGAAAUCCAGCUUAUUACUCCAUAAUAACUCAUUCAAAAACAAAAACAAAUAAUUUAAUAUCACGGAUACCUAUUUUAACCACAUAAAUAUAUAUUUUUUUACUUUUUUUGAUGCUUUUAUUGAGGUGUAGUGACUUGGGUAGUGGAUUAAACUGAAUUUAUUAUAAGCCUCAUUAUUAUUAUAAUUAAUAUAUUAAAUAUUACAGUUUAUAUAUCAUACUAUAUGCCUACAGGCCUAGAAAAGUAUAGUUUUUAUACAGGCCUAGAAAAGUAUAGUAUUUUAAGUAUAGGCCUAGCUCCACCUCAGCUUAUUAUUUGUGGGACACAUUAUUUGUUAUUUUUAAUGAUAUUUUAAUGAAUAUUAUGAUUCUUAAUGCAUAGAUUAACCAAAAAUGUAAAGAAAAAUAGUCACUUACCUUUAAUAUUGAAAUAUCCUAUAUUUAAUCACAUAUCACAAUAUUUCACAAGAGAAUUAUUACAUAAUCCUUAGUAUUCUCAAAGUAAAAACACACUUUCUGCCACAAUAGUCCAAGAAUUACUUAAGAUAUUAUUAAAGAACAAUCAUAAAAACGUAUACUUACCUCAAGCAAAUGACUAGAACUUAUUUUAGUUUGUAUAAACCACCAAAGUUGGUUAUAUCAAUGCAUAUUAAUUUGUGAAACAAGAUUACUAACUUGUAAAAAAAUGACAUAUUAUUUUUUUGUCACAUUCAGACAUUUAUAUGAUAUGGGACUAAAAUACAUAUAUAGAAAAUGGUAAAAUAAAAAGUGUAAUCGUAAAUUUUAACUAAAUGAAACAAAAAUCCCUUUAUUAUUAGUUUAUACUUAUAAAUGUUAAACAAUUCCACAGAAAAUUUGAAAUUUAUAUCUAAAGAAUAUUAUUAUAAUUUUAGGUAAAUUUUAAAAAAAUAUUUUAACAAAAUUAAUUAAUUGAUUUCAAAUAAGUAACGAGUCAGGAUAUUUAUACAUUUUUUUUAAAAGGAAAAAAUCAAGAUUUAAAAAAAAAAAUUUGCGGAAUAUUAAUAAAAGCUAACUUAUAUUUUGUGGCUUUAUUUAGAAGUACUCUUAUUUAACUAUGUUCCCUGUAAAUAUUAUAUUUUUGUCUCAUUUUACAAUAAAGUUAUAGGCGUUAAAAAAAAAGCAAAUUGAGGGUCACGAAAUGUGGAGGAAAAUCCCAUAAUAAAAAAGGUCCCUACUAAAAAAUUCAUAACUUUUGAACCACUUGAGCUAGAAAGUUGAUCUUGGUGUUUUUGUAAUCUAUUCACCAGGUUCAAUACAGAUGUAGUAUUUUUAUAUUUUGUUUAAUGUUUUGAAAUUUUCAUCAAAGUGCCUAAAUAUAGAGUAUAAGUAUAGAGCCAGAGCUAAUAUCAAAUUUAAAAAAAAAAUGAAACCAGAAUCAUCUUUCUAGCUUAAACUAAAGCUAGGUACCGGGUACUUUGAUAAAAAAAAAUUAAAAACUUUUUGUAAAAAUAAACCAAUGGCAUAGUUGAAUAGAGCUAUUUUUUUUUACAGAAUUAUAGCAGCAAAAUAAUAUUUUUAGUUGUUGUAGUUUUUAAGUUAUGAAUUUUUAAAGUACGACUUGGUUUGUCCUUUUUUAACUAUUAACAUGGACCACAUCUCCACAUUCUGCGACCUAAUUCCGCUGUGCGCGUCACGAGCUAUAUAAUAUAACUUUCGUUUUAAUGAUAAUUUUAUAAUUUAUACUAUUAUACGUAUAAUACGACUGUUAUUUGCAGAACAAAUGCUGUAUUGAAACAUAAUUUUAAUAAUUAAAGAUAAAUUGUAGCUUAUCUAACAAUGCAAUAUGUAUAUCAGUAAAUUUAAUAUAAUGUAUUAAAAUAUGGCUUUUGUUUAUUAAAUUACCAAAUCUACAACAUCCAUCAUACCGGUAUAUGCUAUAUAAUCUAUAUAAGGCAACACAUCCCCUUAUUAUUCUUUGGGAACUACUUAUUUUGAACUUUCAACUUUGACACAUGACUAAUUAAUUUAAGUUUUCCCUGACCUGGUUUAAUAGUUUUUGCACAAUGCAAACUUUUAUGAAUGAAAACACUGAGAUAGUACGGUAUAGCCAAUAUGCAAGUGACUGAAUGGCUGUCCAUGGCCAUGACAUUUUGCACACUGCAAAUUAUGAUCAUUUAUAAUAUGGACUGCAUCGGGGUUUUUUUAUCUCAAAUUAAAAUAUUAUUCUUUCAAUAACAUUUAAGUUCAUUCUAAAACAUAAGUUAUCAAAUAUUUUGACGUAAAUAGUGGUAAUAAUUAAAUAUUGCUAAGUAUCUGCAUCUUCUGCGUUUAAAAAGGGGGGCGUGGCCCACAGCAUGUUGAAAUUAGGCUGAGUGACCUUAUGGUAAUGCGGGUUACGGGGACAAGCGUAACGAACGUUGGACAUGACCUAUAUCAAUGAGAGAUUAGCCCAUGUAUUCAUCUAUAUACAAUGCUUUUCACUUUUUAAUAUGAAAGACCUUUUCUUUUUAUUUCAAAAAAAAUUUAGUAUGUGAAGAUGCCUUAUAUAUACCAAAGAUUUUCAAAAUAAAGGUCGAUUGAAAAUGCAAAAUAGCUGGAUGGAAAUGUAGGCCAAGAUGUCUUCCAAAGUAAAAAGGCGGAAGCGGAACUCAAUUAUAUUUAUUAUAGGGCUCAUUUAUUAAUGAAUUGACACUCACAUUAAAAAAUUUAAAAGUCUGAUUUUACUGCGCCGACGCCUAUUUCCAAUACAAAUUUUGAAGUAGUCUCCCUUGCUUUGCAGAAGUAUCUACUUAAGUGCUUUUUGAGCUAUGACAUGAAUUUUUAAAACGCAUGUUCAUUUUCAUUUGUAAUUUUUUAACAUGUUAGGCACUUCGAUAAGGCAAGGGAGACAAAAUUCAAAAUUUGUUUAGAAAUUGGCGCAGAAGAAUCUGAGUUUUUAAUUUUUGCAGGUCGGUGCAUUUUUGUUAAUGAAAGGACUAUUUUGUCAUAAAAUUGUGGUAUUCAUCCAUACAUUAACAGAAGUCUGAGUGGUGAAAAUCUUGACCUACAUUUCCAUCAUAAAAUUUCGACCACAAUAUUAGAAAUUCAUGGGUUAAGUAUAAGGCAUCUCUCCCGAAAAAAUUUCCUAUGAAGUUCAAAUUUUAUGUCUUUCAUAUUAUCGUAUUUUCUGGUGUAUAAGAUAACUUUUUAACCCAUGAAAAUCUUUUCAAAAGUAAGGGGGCGUCUUAUAAACUGGCAUACAGUGUGCUGAAACGUUCCUCUAAUUUCAGUUUGGUUAACAGCUCAGAAAAAAAACUGCAUGGCAGCUCCCAUGGGUUUAUUGUCUUAUCCUUCCUUUCAGCUUUAGAGUGAAUUAGGAAAAGUUUAAUCCACUUACACUGUUUUAUGCUUACAUGUUUGAUGACAAACAUCCUUAUGUUUAUAAGUGACAGUUUUUCUGCUAAGUACCUGCAUGUCAUAAGCAUUUGAAUUUUUUUAUUUGUUGUGCGUUGAAAGAGGGGUAAUCUUAUAUGGCAAGUAUAGCCCAAACCCUAUAUUUUAACAGGAAAAGUAGGGGGUUGUCUUAUACCGGAAAAUACAGUAAUUCUUCCUCUGUAAAAUAUGUUGAUGUAUACUUAUAUGUGUGCCAAUUCUCAUUGAGCUAGGACAUGUCAUCCAUUAGUUAUGUUCAUCUAAGUGACCUACAUUACCAUAAGGUCACCCUGCCCCAUUUAGACCACACACCCUUUUUUAAUGAUGGAAGAUGCAGAUACUAAGAAAAUAUUUAAUUAUUACCACUAUUGUAUUUACACCAAAAUAGUUGAUAACUUGUGUUUUAGAAUGAACUUUGAUCUAAUAUAAACAAUGAUAUUUUAAUUUUGAGCUAGAAAGUUGAUCUUGGUUUUUUUGUAAACCAUUCAAUUGGUACCAUUUAACUACUCCAUUUAUAUUUUUUUAAAUAUUUUGAAAAUUUCGCUAAAAUACCUGUUUUCAGUAUAUAGAGAAUUUAAUUUUAAGUUAUUUUAUUUACUUAUUUCCCCUUUCAGGGAAGACUUAAAAAUACAUUGUCUCUAUAUGUAUAGCUGACAAAAUGGUAAUAUAUUUAGAUAAUUAUUUAGGCGUAGUUAUAUUUUAUAAGGGAAGUGAAUUUUAAUGAUUAAUUUUAAAUAGGUUAUUUAGUAGCCCUUCUUGCUAUCAACCGGAUGUUGACAUUUUCUUUUAGAUCAACUCACUGACACAGGCAAAGGGCUCCACACAUACAAGUUACACACUCAUUGAAAGUGAAUUAUCUGUCAUCCCCAUUCAUCACAUUUUGUGUUAUACAGCAUAUCAUCUUUGUUGGCAAAUAUUAUUAUGUAUGUCUAUAAAUUCUUGAGGGACAUGGCAUAGAUUUAUUAAUCUUUUCAUUCCAUGCCGAGUUUAUGUAGCAACAAACCUGCAUUGAUUUAUUGUCAGUGUUAUAAGAGUGAAAACAAUAUUACACCUUUGAAGUAGGCAAAAUUAUAUAAUUGAACAUGUAAUUUUUAUUUGAAUGUAUAUAUCACAGUUUGACCGAGAAGUAGCAGAAUAUGACGUCAGAAAAUCUCAUAUAACACAGCACAAACUUGCAACCAAGAUUCACUCUGUGUCAGACUCUGAGGAUUCUGAUUAUUUUGAAAAGUCUACUGAAGUUGACAAACAUAAUGGAUCCCAGGAUUUGUUUGGGCCAGACAGUAAUAAAGUUUUCACAUAUAAAUUGUUUUAAAUACUUAAAUUGUUUUUACAAUUUACUAAAUAACUAUAAAAAUAAAUAAUGUGACAUCAGAAUUGAAUGCAUAUACCUUAUGAUUGGGGUUUAAGUUGAGUGUUAAGACAAACAUCCACUUCUAAUAUAAACUUCGUGCAAAAGUUAUCAAAAACUUAAAGAGUUGUCAUUUAAAUGGAUUUAGAAUUUAAGUAAUUGAUUGAAAAGGUUAAAUGUGUUUUAAUUUAAUAGUAAGUAAUACAGUGGUUUGUUAUAAAAAAAUAUUUAAUUUGAAAUCAUGUUCAGAAAGUCACUCCAGUGAAAGUUACAUUUAUGACACAGACACAGAUUUAGAGGAAGAAACAGCCAAAACAAACAGUACAAAAAAGAAGCCAGUUUGUCAGUAUGGGGCCAGAUGUUACAGAAAAAACCCAUCUCAUCUGGAAGAAUAUUUUCAUCCUAAAAGUCAAGGUAUUAUUGUGUUUUAUUAUUUUUUUCAAAGCUGCUGCCCUCUUAAUAACUAUUAUAUUUAGCUUCACAGUUUUACAUUUUUUAUGCUUAAUAAAUUGCAAUUAAAAUAGUUUUAAAUUCAAGGGCAAGUUUUUUUUAAAAAUUGAUGAUUUAUUUUAGUAUGCAAAAAAUAAUCCCCAACUCUAUAAAUUCAGGUAAAAGAAAAUUUGAGGAAGACAUUCAAAAACCAGAAUCAUCUAAAAAACCUAAAUUCAGUAUGAAAGCUUCCACUGAAAAAAUGCCACUUGAUUCUUUUGAGGAGUUUCAGCCCUUUAGCUUCUUUCUCACCAAAGUUUCAGAUAUUCCGCAGAGGCACAACGCUAUGGGGGCAAUGAAUCUCAGAGGUAGGAAUAGUUCAGCAAUCCCAUCGCACGUCAAGUAUUUUAGUGAGCAGGCUCACAAAUCACAUAAAAUAAUUUUUUUUUAAAUUGCAUUUGACUCGUGUGAAGAUGCCUCCUUCGCCCUACCUUUAAAAAAAAUUUUUUUUGCAUAUCUUUCAGACAUUUUGUCUGCAUCCAUGGGUGAACUCAAAUCUUCCUGCCAUUUUAAUUUCAUGUUUGAAAUCCCUUGGUUACUCAAGCAAUACCCAGAAGAGUUCAGGUAUAUUAACUGGAUUUUGUCAGAUUAGUAAAUAAAAAAUUCUGUCACAGCAUAUGUUUGUUUAAUUAAAAUUAUUAUUUUCUUUAUCUUUUUUUUAAUUUUUUUAUUUAAAUCAGUGUUAAUUUUUUUACUUUGAAGUAGCUCACAAUCAAUAGAUUACAUAAUUUUAUAAAAUUAAUGAGAAUUAUGUAUAAUACAUUCUACUGAAUCUACAUUAGUUAGAGGUAUGUUCAAAUGAAAUGCAUUAUGUUAUUGAGCUUAAGAAUUUCAAUUACAAGAGUAGACUCUUUAGGCAAGAAAUUUAACAUUUAAAAUAAACAAUUUAAAAGAAGCAUUCCUAUAUUAUCAGCCUCUGAAGACUGCCUAGAGUUGAAGUUUGAACAAGAUCAAAAUGAGUGAAUACUUUCAUGACUCUCCAGAUAGUCACGGGGCUACAGGAUACAGCUUAAGAGCCAGUAGCUGACAAUAAUAAUUAGUUUGUCGAACCUCAUUUAAAAGUUUGGUUUUGUUUUCAGGAAGAUGCCUUUAUUACUGGUUCAUGGGGAACAAGGGAGACAAGAACUGGAUAUAAAAGCUGAAGCUGAUCCUUUCUCUAACGUCUCUCUCUGUAGGGUAAGUGUGGAGUAGGGAAAUUCGCUAGUAAUUGUUGCGCAUCGGAUAUUGUGUUUUAUUUUGUUCAGUGUUUUGUGAGAGUUAAUAGGUAAUGAACGCUUUUCGUGCCAUUUAAGUGGUGACUUAUAUUUAUCAUGGUGUCAUAGAGACUGUCUUGUGGUGGAUGGCUGUGCAGUAGCUCUCCUUUUAGUGAGCUGCCCUAUUCAUGUGUUUGAAUAAAUGUAUGGCCUGAUUUACGUCUUCUAGAUACAGUUACAUAACUAAUGGAAAAGUUCUUGUUUUCAAUUCGGUGUGAUUAUAACCUAUAAAAGAAUCUGAUGAAAUAAACCAAUCAAAUAUGGAUUUUGACUGUAAGACAACAUCAAGUGCUGAAUGGGCAAGAUUGUUCCUUUUGUUUAUGGGGUGGGGGGCAAAGAUUGUUCCUUUUGUUUAUGGGGUGGGGGGGCAUUACAUUGCUGCAUCUUCACUUUUGAAAAAUCCCCUCUAAGUCAUGUAUGGUCUAGGAUAUAUUGUCACUAUAAUGUCUGGGAUGUAUUGUCACUGUAAUGUCUGGGAUAUAUUGUCACUGUAAUGUUUGGGAUGGAUUGUCACUGACACAAGCAGAGUGUAUUGUUUUGAUCAGAAAUAUUAUCCAAACCUAAGGUGACCACUUGUCCCUAUUUUUUCUUUCAUCAGGCGCCACUUGACAUUCCAUAUGGUACUCACCAUACGUGAGUCUAUCUUUCUGUUUCUAUUUUUUUUUAAUUUUAACAUGAUAUAAGUUUUUAUCAAUACGUAUGGAUUUGUAAACAAUUUAAUUUGACAAUGGUAAACAUGUUCAAUUAUGAAAAUUAUAUUGCUGUUCUUUGUUAUUAGAUUUUUAAACUUAUUUAAAAUGCCCCCUGAUAUUAUUGCAAAUCGAUUAGAAGCAGUCCUAUUGAUAAGUUGUCAGUUGUCUAACAGGGUACUUUCUCCUCAGGAAAAUGAUGUUUCUACUGUAUGAGACGGGACUCAGAGUGGUGAUACACACUGCAAAUCUUAUUUCUAAUGACUGGUAUCAAAAAACUCAAGGGUAAGAUGAUACUGCCUUGAUUCAAUUCACAUCCAGUUAGAACUAGCUGAUACUGAGUCUGAAUUGUCCUCUUUUUGUUAAUCUUCUAAAAUAUGUUUGAUCUUUGGUUAAAAUAAUAAUUCUCAGAGCCAAUUAAAUUUAAUCUAAAUGCGCUAGUUGUAAAUCAUUCUGAUUAUAAAUAAUAAGCAUAAAUAAACAAUAUUCCAGUGAUUAUUAAUACCUUAAAAAAUAUCGUCUAACUAACUCAUGUAAAAUGUGUUAUUUUGUCACUUCUGACGACAUCAGGAUUUGGAUCAGUCCGGUCUUUCCACCUCUGAAAAGUCCAGCAGAGAAAGGAGAUUCUCCCACGGGGUUUAAGUCAGAUCUCCUUCAGUACCUUGCUGCAUACAAGGCUCCCAGGCUGGCACCUUGGGAGAGACACAUACAAGCCCAUGACAUGAGCGCAGCAAAGUUAGUAACUGAACAUUGCACCUCAGUGGGGGUUAUGUUACACAUCAAUAGGGCUGAAGCAUUCUUUAUCAAGGUGGGAACUUGUGAAACGCUUGAAGUUUCUACUGAAUUCGCUCUAAAUUUUUUUUUGGUCCUAGACCAGGAAGUCCUUUAUAUUAUAACAUUUCAAUAAUUGUGAAACUACCUUAACGUCCGCACAAGUCCGAUUUCGUUCAAAAUAGCCUUUUGUUUUUUUUCCUCCAAAUUUAUUGAGGUCUAGGUCUUCUCCAUGACCUGUAAAAAUAUUUUUAAAACUGUAUUUCUGGAAAGCAUCUUUUCUAUCACACGAUCUAACCAAAUAUUUUAAAAGUUCAUUUUUAAACGUUUUGAAAUUUAUUAGGUUUUUAGUGUCUCCUGUAACAUUAGGAAAACCUGGCAUAUACUGUAGACCAUUACAGUGAUUUUAUGUUGGUUACAAUGUCUUAAACCUUUUAUUCCCCAGAGACACUUCUAAUGUCAUUUUGUAAAGCACAUCAAAUCAUUUUUCAAAAAAGUUACUCUGUAUAAUUUAGUUAUAUAUAAGAUAAAGCUGUACUUGAAUCUAUAGGACUAGUGGAUCCCAGUGUUUACUUAGGACUAAUUUACAUUUCUUUUGUUAUUUAUUGCCAGUGUUCACAUGAUUGGUUCAGUACCAGGCCGGCAUACACUUAACAACAAGCACCACUGGGGGCAUCUGAAGUUAAAAAAGGUUUACUUCUUUUUUUUUGUGUUAAAUAUCUGUUUUCAUUAUGUUAGCUUAAAACAAUUUGUCCUAAAGUUCAACUUAAUAUUACCUGAGCUCUUACCUGGUCUCCCACCUUAAGGGGUAACAUCUGGUCUGAGGUCUGUGUCUACAUUAGUCUCAGUCCUAAAACUCAUGAUGUGACUGUGUCUGGCUUAGCCUCAGUCCUAAAACUCAUGAUGUGACUGUGUCUGGCUUAGCCUCAGUCCUAAAACUCAUGAUGUGACUGUGUCUGGCUUAGCCUCAGUCCUAAAACUCAUGAUGUGACUGUUUCUGGCUUAGCCUCAGUACUAAAACUCAUGAUGUGACCAGUGGCGUAGCGAGGGUGUUUGGCGCCCGGGGACAAGAUCCCUUUUUAGCGCCCCUUUUUCUUUUUUUCAACUCUCAAACCCAUUAUUUUCAUCAUUAAAAUGUUAUCAAAGCACAUUUUGGUGCCCCUAAAUAGCUGGCGCCCGGGGACAUCAGUCCCCCCCUGCCCCCACCACGCUACGCCUCUGGAUGUGACUGUGUCUGGCUUAGCUUCAGUCCUAAAACUCAUGAUGUGACUGCUGUCAUUCUAGAAACAGCAUAUUAUAAAAGUGUCCUCGUUUUAUAGCCAUUUUAAUUGUUUCUAUAGUAUAGUAGUUACUAUCGUAAUGUCUCAUUUUCAUUGUAGUUAGUUUACAUGUUUUUAAUAAUUGUAAAGCGCUUAGAGCUUUAAGGUAAGCGCUAUAUAAAAAUGCCUAAAUAAAUAAAUAAAUAAAUAAUAAACUUCUAUUUGUAAAUUUUUGCAUCUAUUUGUCAUGAGAAAUGAACACGUUUACAUAGACAGUUGUAAAAAAUGGUGAAUUAAGACUUUUGAUUAGUAUCUUUUGAUUAUUAUAAAAAAUGCUGUUUUUUAUAUUAACUUAUUAGCAAUAAUUUAUAUGUAAUGGAUAAAGAAAUUCAUGAAUAUUGGCCAUGUUAAUCAAUUUUAUUUCACAUUUGCCAUUUCUAGGUUUUGUCAGAGAGAGGUCCUGACUCGGGUUUAGUCAAGAACUGGCCAGUGGUGGGUCAGUUUUCCAGUAUUGGGUCUCUGGGAACCAGCAAAGAGAUCUGGCUGCUGAAUGAAUGGGGACAGUCUCUGUCUGCUUGUAAGAAAGAGCCAUCUGCUAUCCUCCCGGCCUCUAAACUCAAUCUGGUAUGUCAUAACCUUGGUAUGAGAUAUAUAAGGAUGUGAUCAUAUUGUAAUUUCCACUCUGUUACUUGUCUGUUUUGGGAAAAAAACAGUAACAGUAAUAAAUUUAAAGUUAACCUUUUCCAUUGGUUAGAUGAUGUCCUCAGUUCAAACUCUUAUCUUUAAAACUGUACUUUCAGACCUCUUAUUUAAUUUUAAUUACAGUGCAGCCCAAAAAGCUUAACUCCUUGAAUACAAUGUCAUCUGCUUAGUGUGGUUACUGUGAACUGGGGCUAGUUUGAAAGUUUUAAUCAUAAUCCUUCUUCAGGCCAAUCAUUAACCCACGAACUGCGGUAGAGAGUCAUGCUGUAGUGUGGGAAGAGAGCUUUUUGAGUGCCUUCUGAAAUAGCAUUAAAUGACAUAGAAAUAUUGAUACAAGACCCCAAUAAGUAGAUAUUUUUAGAAAGGUGAAUGGACGGGGAUAAAGUUGGCUACAUUGCCCACCAAAUUAAAAAAAAUAAUUUAUUCAGUGACCUUGACCUUGGAGUGCUCAAAGGGAAAAAAUCAACAAAAUUUCUUGCUUUUAAAUGCUCAUAAAAAUGUUAACGUCAUUAAUUUUUGUAGAUUUCAUUAAAAUUCUUAUAAAAUGUGGUAGCCAAUUCAUUUAUCUCUUAGAAAAUGUAUGGUUUGCUAAGGUUUCUAAUACAAAUAAGCAUCUGAAAGCAAUUUUAGUAAUUUUAGGUCAUAUAGUACUGAAAAAAAAAAAUUGGGACUACAGCUAAAACCAAGUAUGUAGCUAAACAAAAACUGGGACUACAGCUAAAACCAAGUAUGUAGCUAAACAAAAACUGGGACUACAGCUAAAACCAAGUAUGUAGCUAAACAAAAACUGGGACUACAGCUAAAACCAAGUAUGUAGCUAAACAAAAACUGGGACUACAGCUAAAACCAAGUAUGUAGCUAAACAAAAACUGGGACUAUGAACAGUGAUAUAAAACAACAAACAGCAUGACCUGGAAGAAGAUGUCAUUAUUUAUUUAUUUAGGCAUUUUUUUAUAGCACUUACCUUACUGCUCUAAGCGCUUCACAAUUAUUAAAAAUUUCUGAACUAUUUAAACUGCUAAAGUAAAAGAAAAAGGAAAAAACCAGAGACACUAGAAUAGUAACUACAAUAAAAAUGAUCAUAGAAACAGUAGCUUAAACAUUAAAAUGGCUAUAAAAACGCGUACACUUUGGCACGUUUUGACCUAUACUACAGGAUCAACCCGACACAGAAAAUGAGGCAGGGCAAGGAAGGUGCAUCACAGAUCAUAGGCGGACCUAAACAGAUGGGUUUUAAGGGACUUUUUGAAAGUGGACGAGGUUUCACAAUGACGGAUGUGGAAGGAGAGCUGGUUCCAGAAAGUGGGCGCAUUAUUAAUAAAAGGAAGUGGCUAUAAUUCCGAUUUAAUGUUGGAUUUUUCUAAGCCGCUAUCUGACAGUGUUUUUUUAUCGGCCGCCACAGAACGAAAAUAUCGCCCGUUUUUUUCUUUCAGCCGACCACAGGUCAUGGGUUAAAGAACAUGGGUUACCCUUUGUUUAAACACAUUAGUAUCUUGUGUUCUUUCAUGAUCAAUUAUUUCAUGUUAGUUGUACUAGGAUUGAUCAUAAAUUUGAGCAAAUCAAUCUUACCAGUCAUGAGAUCUAACACCCCUGCCAAAACAUAGAUGAUAUAAAAAAAAAAACACACAGCAAUUGAUUUAGGAUAAUGUAUGUGCAUUUAUGACUCUAGUACUGAAUGAAAACAUGGAACAAAUAAUCCUGAUUGCUUGUCAUCCAACUUUCAGAUUUUCCCCUCAAAAGACAAUAUACGUCUCAGCUUGGAGGGUUACAACGGUGGUGGCUGUGUGCCCUACAGCAUAAAAACAGCUUCCAAACAGCCCUGGCUCACUCCCUUGUUCUGGUGAGGUGAAGUUGUGAUUUUUGUUUGAUACAACGAUGCAAAAAUACAAGGAUUCAUAUUUAAGUCAUUCUUGGUUAUGCAACAUGACUUUAUGACAUAAUUUAUGACUGUGUUUUAAAGCCAUUUUAUAACAUAAUUUAUGACUCUGUUUUAAAGCCAUUUUAUGACAUAAUUUAUGACUGUGUUUUAAAGCCAUUUUAUAACAUAAUUUAUGACUGUGUUUUAAAGCCAUUUAUUAUGGUUACUUUCAUUUUGAAGAAUUUAAUUCCCUGUUUGCAUCACGGGCAUAAUUCAUUUGAAAAAGAUAUUUGAUAUACUCUUUAACUCCAUACCUGUUGCUUCAUCCUUUGUCCAGUCAAUGGGUGUCCGAGGGUCGUGGCAGGUCAAAAGCUGUUCCUCACAUCAAGACUUAUACACGAUGCUCACCUGACGGCUCACAAGCUGCCUGGUUUUUGGUGACCAGGUUAAACCGGAUUUGUACUUUCUUAACUCUUCUUACAUACACACAAUUUUUGCUUGUAGUAGCUAAUUAAAUGUAAAUGUCAUGUACAGUGCAUGUUAAUGUUAAGUGUAUAGCAUGAGUAGGAUUUGUUAAUUUUUAAAUUUAAGAUGAAGAAAAUUUAACAAUUUGUCUCAGCUUAUAGUUUUUAUUUUAACUAUGGGCGACCAACUUUCCUGGUCUUGUAACAAUGAACAAUAUCCAUAAAGCUGCUGUCAGUGACAUCUAGCUCCUUUUUAUUUUCUAUAGUGCUAACCUGUCAAAAGCGGCCUGGGGUGUCCUGGAGAAAGACAGAAGCCAACUGAUGAUCCGGUCUUAUGAGCUUGGAGUUCUCUUCCUUCCACAGUUUUUUGUAAGCUAUUUAUUAUUUUCUGAUUAACUCUUUUAAACUUUCUCCAGCUGUUUUAAAAUAAGUUUUGUUUCUUUUAUUUGUGACAUAUUUCUUUUUGUUUCCACAACACAAUGAGUUUACUGAUGGGUGCAAGGUGAAAACUUCUUUUUUCUGAUCAUUUUAAAGAAGACCCUAGAGCUAAAAGUACUUAAGUCACAUUUUUGUCAAAAUCAAUCUAAACUAUGACCUCUUCUUAGUCGGUUUUUACUGCAUAAAUUUGAACACAUGAAAAUGUACAUGUAAAGAAGCCAAAAAAUGAAAAUGAUUACAUUUCAUAGACGAAAAGAAUAUUUGAAUUUAUCUCAAAAUGGGUGAUAUUGUGGCUUAAGUACUUUUAACACCAAGGUCUUCUAAUUUGAAUUAACCAGAGCUUUGCAUAAAAUUGGAAUAACAUUUUAACCACUUUACCUCAGAGCCCUACCCUAAUUUAAAUCCUUCAAAUAAAAUAGGGCCUCUUAACUUUAAUAAUAACUUUUUAGUUAAUAUUUUAAAUGCUAAUGUUUUUAUGCUGUGGCCAUACACAGGGCUGCAAGAAUGCAUUUAAAGUUACAAGUCACGUGGAAGAAGUGCCUCAAUCAAAGAUUCCAAUAUUUCCGCUUCCUUAUGAUCUCCCACCUAAAACUUAUGUGAAGGGAGGUAAGUCUGCAGUCAUACACCACAUCUUAAAUUGGAGUGACAUUUCUCUGCAUUGUCACAUGUCUUGUUAGCUAUAUCAUCUCACUCAUUUUGGUUGCUCUUCAUAAACAUUACCAAUAUCUUCCUAUUAAUUUUCUUCUUUAACAAGAGUUGAAGGAUUUACUCUAAGCAAAUUUUUGUAUUGUUAUUAAGACACAGAUUCAUUUAGUUCAUCCAAGUGGCUAUUCAGACACAGAUUCAUUUAGUUCAUCCAAGUGGCUAUUCAGACACAGAUUCAUUUAGUUCAUCAAAGUGGCUAUUCAGACACAGAUUCAUUUAGUUCAUCAAAGUGGCUAUUCGUACCCGGGUACCAGAAGUGAGAGGUUGGGAUUAAAAAACUAUUUAAAAUUGUAUUGUUGGGUUUGUAAGACAAAAUGAGGUAUGAAAUGAAAGAUAAUUAAAUGGACUAUAUGUUUGUAAACUUAAUUCUUCUGUUUAACUAAAAUAAACUAUCACAAAUGACAUCCGAAUAGUGCUGAAUCAAAAUGGACCCAGACACGCAGCGCCGCUAUUCGCACCCGGGUACCAUUAGACUCAAGCUAUUCUGUCAUUUGUGGUAGUUUAUUUUAGUUAAACUGAAGCAGUAAGUUUACAAACAUAUAGUCCCAACCGCUCACUUCUGGUACCCGGGUACAAAUAGUCGCAGCCUUAUUUUAUAUGUAUUCUCUCCCUUGAAAUUGCCAUCAUGUCCACCCAGCAAGAGUUGUGUUGUACACAUUUCCGACAGAAAACUUCCUGAUGAUGCGUUACAAAAGGAAUCAAACGAAACAUUUCUAUCUCCAGAUCGUCCUUGGUUUGUUGAUGUGCCAUGUGUAGAUUUACCCGACACGUUUGGAACAAUGUGGUGUCCACCACUCUAGCACAGGCUGGGCCUUGAGUUGUUACACCUUGCAUGUUGAACUCUACAGUUGCAAUGAAUCGGUGAUUCCCAAAAUGAUGAGCUCAUAUGAUGAGCUUUCACGGGAUAUGUGCUUGAAAAUAGUUAAUUUUGUUUGUUGCUACAUGCAACUAUUGAAACAUAAAAUGGAACAUAUCCUGGUGUUCCCUAAUGUGUGUACAUGUGUGGAGGGGGUGUGCUUGGGUAUGCUGGAAAAAAUAAUAUCUUUAUUGGGGUGUGUGUUGGGGUGUCUGCUGGUAAAAAAGAUAUCAUUAUUGGGGUGUCUGCAUGUCAUAACCAUGUAAAGCCACUGCAAUAGAUCAACCAACCUUGGUGUAGUGUAAUUGACCUGAUGUGAUGUUUCAGAUCAGUAUGAGUAUGAUUAUGUUGCAAUUACAAUUCAGAUCUUUUAUUGGAAUUAUUAGUGGAAGAAAUUCUGAGUGUUCCGUCAGAUCAUAGACAUUUUAAAUUGUAUCUUUUGUUAGUAAACUAUUCAUUUACCCAUAGAAGUAAUUUUCUGCUAGCUUUGGAUAUUUUUUAGGUCUAUGAUAAGAACUUGGUACUAUGAGACAAAUUAGAUUUUUUGUACUGCUGGUAACUAUCACAUGUGGAAUAAGAGUUGAGAGUAUUUGUUAUGGGAGGUCUGAUUUGAAAUAAAUAAGAGUUAUUUGACUAGUGUAAUUUUUUUUUAAAAACAGUGUUUUUCAAAUGGUAAAAUGUUGAAUAAAAAGAUCAUUCAUUAUUGAAACCUGACA